AUGGCAGACCAUCGUGAACGUCAUCGACGCUUUGGAGCACGUCGUCAACCGUCCGCCGCGUCCAACCACCGCUAUUACAAAAGCUCUGGGAUCUCCCAUUAUUCACACACACUCGAGCUUUCCACGGGUCUCUCUGAUCGCUCCGUCGUUAGCCCCACAUCAAGACCUGUCUAUAAUUACAACAACAGCUGGCAGGACAAGCAUAGACAGGACUUUGAUUUUAGCCGAGAUCGACCCAAGGAAGAAGGAUAUUAUCCACCCAAGUAUACGUCCAAUAAACCCAAAGCCAGUGGUCAAGGAAUUAGUAUUCCCGGGUCCUCUAUCGUUACUGCCACACCAGACAGUGUCCUUGUCAAAGGUUUUAUUCCACCCAAGCAACAAACUGACUUUUUGUCGAAUCUGACCAAGAAAAAUACCAGGACAAAUCGAGGACCUGGUUUAAAAUCAAAAAUGCUCGCAUAUUCGUCAUUGGAAGCGGCCAGUGGGGCAAUUUCAAUAAAAAAUGACGAGUUUAAUCCACUUCAAGGAUCAAGUGGAUGGGUGAAUAUGAAAGUACAAGAGCCAGUGUCUAUUCCACGGGAUGCGCUGGCACCGGCUGAAAAAAAGAGAGAAAAAGCUGCAAAACUUGCACGCAAAAAGUCAUUUCCAGUGGUAACUCCCUAUGCGUUACGAGAUCGGAGCAAACCGACGUUAUUUUCUAAGUUUUCGACCAUUGCAACGCAGUCUUUUGACGUGAGAUAUCGACAAGUGGCGAGAUUGGGGAAACGGAAGAUGAACAGUGAAGGGUCAGCAGCAAAACCAAUUGCAUUGGACUCGGACUCGGACUCGGACACGGAAGCUGAAGCUGAAGCUGAGGAAAAAGUGCAGUCUGACAGUGCUAGCAACAGUAUGACUAUUGUCGACGAAGUUAUGAACGAUACGAGAAACUAUACAGUGGAAGAGAAAUUGGAAGAGAAAGAGGCUGUAGUCGACUGGGAUGACGUUGCGUUACAUGCAAAUGCACGGAUGAUCAAUGGUGACGUGAUGAUUGGGCUUUUCCAGUGCAUUGUCGACCUCUUUUUUCAGGCUGAUCGGAUAUACAUGGGAAAUAUUCGAGGAAAAUACGAAAUUUGGCCCUUCAAGCAGUUUUACUUGCUGGAAUAUAAACACCUGCAGGAUGUUAGAGUGUACAGUGCCACUAGUGAGGUUGACGUAAGUGCAGAAGUCGAAGUUCGUGAGAUCAAUUGCAGGAGACACUUGCUGGAAGAAGUAUCGUUUAUAGCCUUUAAAGUGCCGAUGCCAGAGGCAACUGAUCAAGCUGCGGUGAAAACCUUCUAUGAUCCUUCGAGUCCCGAUGUCUCCAAAGGGUUCAUGGUCCUUCUUCAAUUGGAGGACGCUUCGGGCGAUAGUCUGGGCGAUAUUACAAAUAUCAUAGGAGAACAUGCCGACGUACAACUAAUAGAUGACAAGGAGCAAGCAAUGGAGCACCUCCAAGCUUUAAUGAAAGAUCCGUUUGAUUAUAAAUUAAGUCGGCGCACUCGACGGCGAAAGAGCGACGCUGCGAGGGACACCGCAUCAGAAUCAGACGAAGAGGAUAAUUGCGGUGACAUCACCGUGCUAACAUACCCGCCGCCACCCUGCACGAAUGAUAUUGUCACAAUCGUUCGGCACGACGUAUCGCGACUGAAGCCCAGGCGGUACCUGAACGAUAACAUCAUUGACUAUUAUUUUAAGCGCAUGAUACUACAGACCUUUCAAAACAAUAAACUUGUUCAAGAAAAGGUGCUCUUCUUGAGCUCGCACUUCUACUCCCGGCUACGAGCCGGAAUGGGCUCUACCACAAGUGAACGUAUGGAGGCCGGGUACAAGAAUGUGUCGACAUGGCUUGCACGGUCUAACUUAUUCAGCCGCUCGAUCAUAUUUAUUCCAAUCAAUAAGGAUUUUCAUUGGAGUCUUGCCGUCAUCGUGAACCCUGGUGUCGCAGGAACUGACCCCAGAGAUGAGGAAGCCUUCUCAUGUAUCGCGGUGCUGGAUCCACUUGGAUCAUAUCAUCGCAAAGCAGCUAUCAUUCGCAAUUUAAGAGCAUUUUUGCGAAUGCAGUGGGAAAAAAACUUGCAAGAAGAAUAUUUUAGCGACAUUAAAGCAGCCUCGGUGUCGGAGUAUGAAGUAGAUCGCGUGCUGACCUUGAAUGUAGAUACCCCACUUCAGGAGAACAGCUACGAUUGUGGUGCUUACGUGCUGAAGUUUGCUGAGGUGAUUCUGAAGAACUGUUUGGAUCUCGGUCUGCUGGCUCAAAAUAAUGGAGUGAUCAGCAAGGACGUGACGGAUAAUCAUCUUGAGGCCUUGAUCACAUCUACUGCAUUCUCGGCUGAGGAUAUCACCGUUACAAGACAACAAAUUCAGCAUUAUAUUGAAGUCGAUGCAAUUGAGUACCAGAUGCGAAAGAAGGAGAAGGUGUCCAAGACAUAA